AUAGCCGUCCAUCACGCGUUCUUCUCCCAUCUGUGUAUCUGCUCAGUAGCUGAACCAAGCUUCUGAAAAUGAAGCAACUUGCCCUGGGUUUUCUUGUUAUUUACCUUUUGACCCAACAACACAACCUUCUGCAUGUCAAUGCAAAUGGAGGAGGAUUCAUAAGGACCAAAGGCCUGCAUUUUGUUCUGAAUGGGACCCCCUUCUAUGCAAAUGGGUUCAAUGCCUAUUGGCUGAUGUAUAUGGGGUCAGGUCCAUCUCAGAGGAGAAAGGUCUCAGCUGCAUUCCAAGAAGCUUCUAGACAUGGGCUUUCAGUAGCAAGAACUUGGGCUUUCAGUGAUGGUGGAUAUGGAGCUUUACAGUACUCCCCAGGCUCAUACAAUGAACAGAUGUUCAAGGGUUUGGACUUUGUAAUAGCAGAGGCAAGGAGACAUGGGAUUCGGCUGAUAUUGAGCUUGGUGAAUAACUAUGAUAGCUUGGGAGGGAAAAAGCAGUAUGUUCAAUGGGCUAGAAAUCAGGGGCAGUACUUGACAUCUGAUGAUGAUUUCUUUACCAAUCCUGUUGUUAAAGGAUACUACAAGAACCAUAUCAAGACUGUCCUUACAAGACGUAACAGCAUGACUGGAGUUGCUUACAAGGAUGACCCUACAAUCUUUGCAUGGGAGCUUAUGAAUGAGCCCAGAUGCACAUCUGAUCCAUCAGGAAGGACUAUACAGGCAUGGAUUACAGAAAUGGCUGCUUAUUUGAAAUCCAUAGAUGGAAAUCAUUUGCUGGAAGCUGGUCUGGAAGGGUUUUAUGGAGAAUCAUCACCUCAAAGGAAACAGUACAAUCCACGUUUUCAAGUAGGAACUGAUUUCAUCUCAAACAAUCGGAUCCCCGGCAUUGAUUUUGCAACGGUCCACUCAUAUCCAGAUCAAUGGUUAUCCCAUUCAAAUGAUCAAACCCAACUUUCAUUCCUGAACAAAUGGCUUGACACCCACAUCCGAGAUGCUCAAAAUGUCCUCCGAAAGCCGUUACUUCUCACUGAAUUCGGAAAAUCACGGAAAGACCCUGGCUUCACCAACUACCAAAGGGACUUGCUAUUCAACACUGUCUAUUACAAGAUCUAUGCUUCGGCUAGAAGUGGAGGUGCAGCUGCGGGGGGUCUCUUCUGGCAACUACUAACACCAGGAAUGGAGUCUUUCAGAGAUGGGUAUGAAAUUAUCAUGAAAGAGAACUCCUCGACGGCUAGGAUGAUCGCUCGGGAGUCUCGUAAGCUUUAUCAGCUUAGGAGGAUGUACGCCAGGCUUAGGAAUAUCGAGAAAUUGAAGCAGGCGAGGGCCAUUAGAAGGGCCCAGUGGCUUGCUAGAAACAAAGGGAGGACUGGUGGGAACUGAGAGGCGAAGAAAGCUAUUAGAUUGUACUAAGAGCUGGCUAGUGAGAUUGUAGGAAGGUUUUUUUUUUUCUUUGUUGUACUCCUUCCUCUUUGAGAUGGACGUUGUUCAUCCAAGGGAGAAGGAUAAUGAAAGUUGGAAAGGGUGUGUUGGCGAAUGCUGCAAUAUAUUUGAAGGUUUUUGCCUUCAGAUGUUUUUUGGCAUCUGCAGACCAAACACCCAAUGUUAUUGUGGCCGGAAAAUGUGCCUAAGAUUGCCUGGUAUGUAUUUAAAUAUUUAUGUGGAAUCAAAAUAUUUAGUGUUCUGGGUGC